GUACGUAGCACCUUGUCAGCGUGCCUCAUCGUCACCAACGCUUAAUCCAAAUUGUCUUAUUGUGGUCCUCAAUGACUGGCAAUUCGUCCCUCGGCACACCAAUGAGGCGCUGGGCUGCGCCUAAGCCCCUGCCGUCCCCGCCGAUUCGGGGCUAUCCCUGUUCCACCGCCCUACCUCUCCCAUGUUUCUCAGCGGGCCGGCUGCUGCAUGGUGUUCUCUUGGUAUUCACGUCGAAGAUUGACAGCAGCCAACUGCUCGGUCGCUCGCCGCCCUCACCUUGGGCGACCGAUGCUGCUAGUCAUUACCCCACGACCAUCGGCGAACCUUCCGAUUAUUGCUUCAAUAUGAUCGACCUGUUCCUCCGUGCCCGCAACUCGGAGUCUUUGACGAUCCAACAAGGAAGCGGAGAAAUUUCAACCUCGGGAGCCCCUGAAUCAUGGCACAAAGAUGCUCAACUUUACUUGGGAUCCUCGGUCCUCGGCCAGACUGGAACCAUACUGUAUAGUUUCCUUCACGCCAGAGUCGGUCGCGAAGAUGGCACGUCAAAUGGUUAUCUGGGUCUAUCUGCAUGAGCUAUGCGCCAGAGUUCAAAAUAGACUGCAAGCACUCGGUCACUAGUACAGUACCUGUCUGUGCAGGAUCUGCUUAUAGCCAUUCUGCGGAUAGAGUCGACGGGCCACAAGACUUGUGUGUAUUCUCUGCCGUCACGGUGAGCAAAAGCGACCUUGACACGCAGUCAGACGCGAGACACACAGCCAGUAAGAGGGUU